UUGUUUUUGCUAUUAAAAAAAAAAAAAUCCUGUGAGAUUUUAUUUAUUUUAAACAUCGCAUUAAAUAAUAAUAAAUAAAAAAAAACACCACGGAGCGUCAUGCCCUGGCGCAUUUAGAUGGCGAUCUGGACAGUUGCAUCAGUUCCUGUGUGUUAGUGUGUGCGUGUAUAAAUGGCUGUGCUGCUGCUGCACGCUACUUUUUAUUCCCAGGACGCAGAAUAGUAAUAAAUCCUCCUCUGCUAGGGUGAAAAGGAAAAAAAGCUGUGAUCAUAAUAAAGACGUCACCCAUCCUCCUGCUCUCUGGGUAUUGGCUCUCGACUGAGCUUCCAAGUGCGCAGCUAUUUGUAAGCUACAACAACAACAACCUUCCAGCAGCACCAUGCCCAUGGAUAACGUAGGGAUUUCUCUGAGAUCCCCUCACACGAGAUCUGCGUCAGAUCCAUAGCAAAAAAAGAAAGAGACAGCCUUUUAAACUGCUCCGGAUCUCUCGACUAGUAAGCAAAAAAAAAAAAGAAAAAAAAACAGAAGACUUGAUCGCGUUGCAACAAAUAAGGACGCGCAGGACGUGGAUUUGAAGAGUCAUGGAGGAAACCGCUGCUGCAGCUCCAGCCUCUGGCACCGGUGCUGCCCCGCCAACCCCAAGACCUCAGCCUUCCUCCUUCGUACCCUCCCGCAGCCUGCUGGAGUGGAGACGGAGGGUCAAGUCUGAGUAUAUGCGCCUUCGCCAAUUAAAACGCCUUAAAAAAGUAGAGGAGGUCAAGACCCUGUUCAUGUCCAACAGGCAAAAGAUUGAGCAGCAGACUAAUCUCCUGAAUGCAGAGUGGUCCCGGCUCCGGAUUCAGUCCAUCCCUCUGUCGACGUCUGGCGGAGCUCUAGCCAACAAGAAGGUGUGUGAUAUUAAGAUGUGCACGGUGGAGUUUGGCUUCCCAGAAUUCAAAGCUCAAGCCAUUGCCAUGAGACCGCUGUCAACAGUGGCAGGAAUCCCCUUCAUGUACUCCUGGUCGCCCCUGCAGCACAACUACAUGGUGGAGGAUGAAACAUUCCUUCACAACAUCCCGUACAUGGGCGACGAGGUGCUGGAACAGGACGAGGCCUUCCUGGAGGAACUCAUCGACAACUACGAUGGUGUCCAUGGUGACAGAGAGGGGGGCUUUAUCAGCGAUGAGGUCUUUAAAGAGCUGGUGGAGGCCUUGAGCCAGUACUCUGACCACGAGGAGGAGGAAGAGGAGGAAGCAGCGGUGACGACGACGACGACGGCGGCGGUGGCAGCAGAGGUGACGGCAAAGAAGGAGGACGAGAGAGUGAUGAGGAGGAGCUCAGUGGAGGGUUCAGAAGAGACCAAACCUGGUACUGUGGCUUUCAUCAGGAGGAAGAGGAGGAGCACUACUGAGGUGAGGGACGUGUCCAGCAGCAAGAAGGCCCCCAACGACAAGAUAUUUACAGCCAUCGCCUCAAUGUUCCCUUACAAGGGCACCACGGAGGAGCUGAAGGAAAAGUACAAGGACCUCUUGGAGCCCCCCCGCCCGGUGAAGCUGCCCCCUCUCUGCACCCCAAACCUGGACGGACCCUUUGCUAAGUCUGUACAGCGGGAGCAGUCGUUACACUCCUUCCACACGCUCUUCUGCAGACGCUGCUUCAAAUACGACUGUUUCCUCCACCCCUUCCAUGCUACACCCAAUGUUUACAAGAGGAAGAGUAAGGAGAUCCGCAUCGAGACUGAACCAUGUGGUGUAGACUGCUUCCUGUUACAGAAAGGGGCUAAAGAGUUUGUGGAUCAGAACAUGUUACGGUCACAGCGGUCUCGGAGGCGCCGAAAGCAGCAGCGUCCCACCAGCUCCAGCUGCCCUGGACCGUCUGCGCCUGUUGAGGAAGUACAGGGACAGGAGGGCAACAGCGACCAUGAAACCACCUCCUCCUCAGAGGGGAAUUCGCGAUGCCAGACUCCCACCAAGCUGCGUCCAGGGGAUGAUGAUGGCGAGCAGCAGGCGUGCUGUGCGGUCCAGUGGAGCGGGGCGGAGGAGUCACUGUUCAGGGUGCUACACGGCACAUACUUCAACAACUUUUGCUCCAUCGCUCGCCUCAUCGGUACAAAGAGCUGCAAGGAGGUUUAUGAGUUUGCAGUGAAGGAGGUCCUGAUCCAUCGUGUUCCUUUGGUCCCUGGAGACAUCGCACCCCAAAAGAAGAAACGGAAACACAGGUUAUGGGCGAAGAUUCAACUAAAGAAAGAUAACUCGUCCAAUCAGGUGUACAAAUACCAGCCAUGUGACCACCCCGACCAUCCGUGCGACAGCUCCUGCCCGUGUGUGAUGACCCAGAAUUUCUGUGAGAAGUUCUGCCAGUGCGAGAAUGAGUGCCAGAAUCGCUUCCCAGGCUGCAGGUGUAAGACACAGUGCAACACUAAACAGUGUCCAUGCUACCUGGCUGUGAGGGAAUGUGACCCAGAUCUGUGCAUGACCUGCGGCACCGCAGACCACUGGGACACCAAAGCCAUCGCCUGCAAGAACUGCAGCAUCCAGAGAGGCCUGAAAAAGCACCUGCUUUUGGCUCCAUCAGAUGUCGCCGGAUGGGGCACCUUCAUCAAAGAGCCGGUUCAGAAGAAUGAGUUCAUCUCUGAAUACUGCGGAGAGCUGAUCUCCCAGGAUGAGGCAGACCGACGUGGAAGGAUCUAUGACAAAUACAUGUCUAGCUUCCUUUUCAACUUGAACAAUGACUUUGUAGUGGAUGCCACGCGAAAGGGGAACAAAAUCCGCUUUGCAAAUCAUUCAGUUAACCCCAACUGUUACGCAAAAGUGGUAAUGGUAAACGGAGACCACCGCAUUGGUAUCUUUGCCAAACGAGCGAUCCUGCAAGGAGAGGAGCUUUUCUUCGACUACAGGUAGAGUCACGGGCCUUUUAGUGACUCCAUCAGCUUCAAAAUACAGCCAAGCGGAUGCCCUCAAAUAUGUGGGGAUAGAGAGGGAGGUAGACAUGACCUAGCUACACCUCCAUAACCCGUCCCUCACUCCUCCGCCACCCACUAAUGCUUCUGUCCCUCUCUGUAGCGUCACAUCUAGCUGACGAGUUUCCAUGAACAGUCGCUGUCUCUGCCCUCUCUGCUGCACUUCUAAAAAUAGAGAGUCCCUCCCGGCUGUUUGCAGGUGCUCCCUCCCGCCCUGCAGACACCGAACUGUACCACCUCCCACAGUGACGGCAGUCAGCUCUCCCUCUCAUCCCACCUACCUGCAAGAGUGUAUACGCCAAGCUUAUGGAACUAAACUAUUUAAAGUGGAAAUACUAUUAAUCCGUAUCGCUUACCGCACCAAGAGGAUCACAUUUUUGUUUUGUUUCAUCUUGUUAAAACAAAGAGGUCGUGGUUACCCAUCAUACAGUGUGUUACUCUUUAAGCAGUUUUGUUACUGUACUUAUAGACCGGCUUCUUUUUUUUUACCUCUCAAUACGUAAUGCAAGCUUUUACAUCGUACCUAAUGAUGACCAGUGAAAUGCAUGUGCUGUCUCUUGGAUAAACAAACCAUUAAACAAUGUUAGCCACAGCAUUAGCUUCAGUCAGACUCUGCUCUGUGCAGUCUCUCAGUAUUGUAGUGUGAUGUUACCCGCUGUCUGUUCUUCAGAAGAACUUGACCAGCGUUGUAUGUUCUUCCGUCAGCGGCUAGCAUCACCACCACAUCUCUAUGGUAAAAUAAGUUAUUGUGCAUUUAUAUCAUUGUUCUGCAAAAAAAUAGGCAACCAGACGAGAAACCGACUGACUGAAUGUAACCUGUGAUGAUGGUGAAGAGAUCUCGUCCCUCUUUUCAUUUUACAUAUUAACCCGUUCUUUUGGUACUCUGAGCAACGUGCAUGCACAUCAAACAUUUAUUGUCAUGUUUACAUGAUCUGGAGGCCUUCACAUGUUGUGAAGGAAAUGAUUAACACAUUAACAAGUCACACAGUAAAUGUCGUCCUUUCAAAAAUUCAAGUGCCAAAUGAUUCCACACAGAAAAAAGGCUGAAACAGUGUGGAUGUGUUGCAUAAUUAACAGAGGUGUCGUAAAGGUUAUGAUCAUACAAGACAAAAGCAAAAUUAUCAGUGUUUGACCAAAUAUUAAAGUCCCCCACAUGUGAAUGUAAAAUAUCUUUUAUCAUCUAUUUUUUUUAUAUGUCCAGAUUUGUUAUCCACCCUGUUUUUCAUUUAUAAAACAUUAAAGCCCACUUGGAAAUGAGAUCUUUCUUGAUAGGGAUGAACAAAAUGGAGUUUACUGCUAUGUACAGUGUAUGCCUAUAAAAAUAAAAGUUUAACUUUAUACAUUAAAAAA